AUGAGUAUGCAGCCAGUGGUGCUUUCGAAAUCUUCCGUGACGUAUUUGGCUUCAAAGGGCGACUUCGAAGCCAUGCAGGGCCUCCUCCAGCUCGGGGUACCCGCCGGCGGCCGCGAUAGCUUGGAUGAAGUCGAGCAACCACCUAUCCUGUACGCUGCCCGGGAUGGACACCGAGAAGCCAUCAAGCUGCUCGCGCAGUACGAGGCAGACGUCAACGAAGUUGGCGGCAUUCCCUUUGAAACAGCCCUGCAUGUUGCAGUGCAGAGUCACAAACUCAAAGUGGUCCAAAUGCUGUUGUCCCUGCGCGCGGACCCACAGAUCAAAGAUGCCGGAGGGCAAGGGCCCCUCCAUCGCGCAGCGCGCGAGGGCGCAAUACACUCGCUGCAGACGCUUAUCACGGCCGGCGCAACCGUGGACAUGAGGGACACCUGCGAGCAAGCGCCCAUCCACAUCGCGACCUACUUCGGCAGAGAAGAGGUCGUGAGAGCACUGUUGGCAGCGAGGGCUGAUGCCGUCGCUGAGAACAUUCGCGGCCAAACACCGCGCAAGGUGGCUGAGCGUCUUGGCUACACGACGAUUGUCCAGAUUAUCGACAAGGAGAUCGAGAGACGGGAGAUCGAAGAGCUCUAUGCCGCCGAAGAGAGGGAUCGCGCUGAGCAGCAACUCAAGGCGCUCCUCGAGGCGGAAGGCACUGAGAACCGGCAGCGCCGUUUGGACCUCUGGCGACUGCAGUGCGAGGGCGCUGGGACAGCAGUCGCAGCCAAUGCACAGGCUUGGAAUUGGGUCAUGGCGCUCUUCGUUUGGGGGCUGCGUCGUGCCGGCCGUUCUGUGGCUGGGAAGAAGUACAGGACGGUUCGAACGGAUGUCAAGACCUUCAACACGCGUUAUAGCCUUCUGAGCUAUGCCAUGAUGGCCAGCGAUGAGAAGAAGUCGGCAUCUUUCCGGAGGGCGCUGCAGCGCUGCGCGAAGCGCCUGCGAUUCAGAGGUGACCCGAUGGUAGUGCUGGAGAUCGGCUGCGGUGCCUACGCGCCCUUUGCACGCAUCUGCACGGAGGAGGGCGCAGACAAGGUGCUCGCAAUCGAGGGCAACAGCUGGGCGGCUGCCCGUGCCCAGCGCCUUUUAGGAGCAGCUGCUAAGGUCUUCGCGGGACUCUCGCAGGAUAUGGUGCCCGAAAAGCUUGGUGCACGGGCCAAUGUAGUUGUUAUGGAAACUAUCGGCGAUUGGGCAGCCAACGAGUACAUGGUGAGCACCUUUCUGGAUGCCCGGGGACGGCUGUGCGGGCCGACUUCACAGUGGAUACCCGGCCAGGUGAAGACAUGCUUCAUGCCGGUGACAAUUCCACCCUGGGGACAGGAAGGUGCAGUGCCGCCGGGCCUGUGGCUCCUGGGCAGUGAUGCGCGCUAUGAAAGGCUGGCACUUUCAGAAGCGGAGACGUUGGAGGCGUAUGACUUCAACGAGUGGAAGGAUGAGAUGCUGAAGCAACAUCGGAGCUUUGACUUCGAGAUCCAGACAUCUGCGGAUCUCCAAGGUUUCCUCCUUUGGGUGGAGGUCUUUCCGGACGGCACUGAAGAUGCCCCGCUGUCAGCCCUAUGCGAUGUUGACAUCUCCUGGUCCCCUUUGCUCUUGGCCCUGCCGGAGACCCAACACCUGGAGCGCGGAGACCGGCUCCAUUGCAGGGUCGAGGCUCUCCCUGCAGCUCUGGAUGGACCGGAGCUCCGGAUAGAGCUGCCGCAGGAGGAUGGAAGGACCUUAAAAUUCGAAUGGACCCUGGCGAAGGGAGCACGAUGGAUAUUGCCCGAAGGGCGGGAGAUAUCUUUCGAGGACCAGCCAGAAGAUGUUCUCAGUCCGGAGCAGGAAUUUCUCUGGGAGUUAUUUGGGCCGCCAUGA